UCAGCAUAGACAGGCAGACAACACUCCAGACUCCACACUCUCUCACAAUCAGAUGGAGACGUGGUGGUGGCUGCUAGCGGCGGCAGUGCUGGCGCAGCUCUCACAAGUAUUAUCAGCUGAGGAGAUCACUCAGGCACCACAACAGGACAUCAUCGUGACACUCAACACACUACGAGCAAUCUCUCACACUUCCGAUAACUUCUUGGGCAUUUCUAUCUCUCCCAAACAGCUCUUAAAUGAUGGUCAAUACAGUGUUUCUACCAUCAACAUGCUGCGGGCCUUGUCCCCAGGAUAUCUACGUGUUGGAGGUCCUGAAUCUGACAAUCUGUCCUUCAAAACAUUGGAUAAUUCAUUAAAUGCUCAUCUCUUAACUGAGAGCCAGUGGGAGAAUAUUAACCAGUUAGCAGCUGAUACUGGCUUGCGACUUGCAUUUAGUUUGAGCCCAAACUCUCGGACCCAGAGUGACCUAUUGAGGUUCUCCGAUAUCAGAGGCUAUGACAUCACGUGGCAACUUGGAUAUAGCACACCAAAAAGCAAUGAUUCUGUCGUUUUCUCUGAGGAAUCAGUUGAACAAAUUACAAGUCUACGCCGUCUUGUUGAUUCCUUCCCAAGAUACCAGAACACAGUAGUUUUGAGCCCUGACUUGGAGUUCUGUGAAGAUAACAAGGAUCUUGAAGCUCUCAAGAAUUUCCUCCAAAAAACAAGAGAUGAUUUUGAUUUUGUCAUUUUACAGAUGAAACCUAAGGAAAGCUUGAAAUCCAUAAGAAAUAGUUUUGAGAAAUUAGAUAAAUACUCAAGCGAGAUUGAAAAGAUGGCCUUCAACAAAAACGACAUGAUUACAGCGAAGAUUUCAUCAAAACAAAAAUUUUGGCUCGUGGAGGCUGAGGAACACAGACCUACUGAGAGUUUAACAGAUGCCAUGAGCUGUGCCAUGUACCUGGGUCAGUCUAGUGAACUGGGAUAUCACACACUAUUGCUGCCUCUCACACAACUCUCUCAACCUUCACCAAGCUACUGGACAAUGUUGCUAUACAGAGCCCUGGUGGGGAGGUCAGUGCUGGGGUCUAGGAGGUGGCCUCAAACAGCUGAUGUUGCUGUGUUUGCCUCGUGUACUGAGACUAAGCCUCAUGCCGCUCUGGACACAGAGUGGGAGUACGGCACUGGAGCUGUGACUAUGUGGGGAGUCAAUUCCGCUAACCACAGCUCUCGCAUCUUCCUACGAGCUGGCUGGAGAGUGGACUACGUGCAUCUCUACAUGAUGACAAGUGAUGACAGAGGUAGUAUCCUGUUGAAUGGACAAGCUUUGCGUACAGUUCACGGUGUACUACCCAGGUUCUCUCCCCACAUCCGUGCACUGUCCCGCACUCGCAGCAUGACAGUUACUGUGCCUCCCCGGAGUGUGUUCUUCGUGGUACUUCCAGACGCUCUAGCUCCCGCUUGCCUCAUCAACACGGGUGAAAAACUUAAAAAUCCUCUCAAUAAUGAAGAGAUUUCUCCUAUGGCACUCAACAUUCCUAUAAUACCGCCAAAGAGCUCCUAUGACUCACAGAAAGAAGAGAUGAAGCCAAAUAAUAUUUUUAUUGAAAAAGGUGGUGUUUUUACUGAUAUUGUUGAGAAAGACAAAGGAAGAACUGAAGACAAAAGUGCCACAAAGGAAACAACUCAAAAUUCUGCUUUGAAGACAGAGAAAAGUGAAGUAAAACUUAGUAGAAAUAAAGAUUUAAAUAAAUUGACUACAUCUUUGGCUAGUAACAGUCUUCAAAAUAUUCCAUCCCUAAUUCAUACUAAAGAAAACAAUACAGGAAAAAUUAGUACUGAAAAAGCUAAAGAAGAUUUUACAGUUCUUGGCAAUUUCUAUCCAGGAAGAGAAACAAACAAACUUGAAGAAAUUCAAAAUAAGCACAGCAAAGAUGUUAAUUUUUCAUCCAAAAUUUUGUUUCAAGAAAAUAAAUCUGACACGUCUAAAAAUGAUAGUAGUGUUAAAAAUGACGGUGUAAGAAUAAGUAAUGACAAGACUGUAGCAACGCAAGUUCCAAGAAGAAAGAGAUCACAAGAUUAUGAACAUCAUGAAAAAAAUCCAGUAAAAAACACUGAAACAUCACCGUUGUACAGAAGAGUAAAUCUACUGCGAAGAAUUUUACACAGAAUGCAACAACCAACAGAAUAUGAAGAGGAGGUUAAACAACAAAGAUUAUUAAACUUGGCAAGUACUGCAGAGUUAAUGCUUGAUAACAAUUGGAGAUCUAGUAAAACGAAUAGUGAUUACCCUGUCAAAAUCCCUUCUAAUGAAAUAAAACGCCAAGAACAAACUGGCAAGGUUGAGCAAAACAAAGAAGUAGGAAAUAUUAAUUAUCUCCCUGGAGAGUUUUAUGAAAUAUUAGGAGGGUUAAAAAUAGACUCUAAUGUUUCAUUAAAGGACAAAGAGGAUAUCAUCGACACAAAAGAUUCAUUACAAAAACAGACCAAACCGCACAGGUGUAGAGAUGACGAAAGUAAACUGAUUGUUACUGUAAAGCCUGAAAAUGAUCCUCAAGAAGAUAGAAUAUUAGUUGAAAGUGCAACAGAAAAUUCAAAAAAAUACUAUGCAUUGAAAAGUAGUACAUCUGAACAGCAGAUCAAACCAGUAGAAGAUUAUAAAAUAAAGUUAUUAAACAGUAAACAAAUUAAAUUUUCUAAAGAUGUGUCAGAUGAAAAUAUUAGUGAAUAUAAUGAACGAUCCAAGCAAGAAGGUUUUUUUAAAGAUCUUAAAAAGGAAGAAAAUAACUCCAUUAGAAUUGAGCCUCUUAUUAAUCGAGCCAAACGGAAAACCAAACGAGAGGAUGAGGACGAUGACACAUUUUUGAUGCCUAUACGGGAAAAAUAUGAGAGCAUUGUCGAUUCUGACUAUUCAGAUGAGGUUCAGUUACAAAGGUUUCUUGAAGACUUGACUGAUGAAAGUGAACAGCUUGUGCAAAUUAUUGAUGAAGAGUAUGAAAGCAAUAAUGGAAUUUCCACUCUUCAGGCAGAUACCGUCCAACUCUCAACAGAACCAAGUGUAAUACAUGAUAAGGUCAAAGUGGCUGUUGCUAAGGUCACUGACAAACCCCAUUUACUGAAUAAAACAGAAGAAACUGACUAUUACUUAAUGAAUAAUAUUGUCAUUGAUAAAGAAGUGAAGCCAAAACGGACUUAUCCUCCUGUCAAUGUAGAAUCAAAGAUGUUUUCUUCCUUCCAUAAACCUACAACCACAGUAAGAAACAUUAUCGUUGAUAAUACAAACAAGUCUAGUUCAACGAGACAACCAAGUGGUGAGUUGUUUGAAUCCCAGACAGAUUAUUCCCUUGGAAAUCAUCAAACUACAUCAAUGGAACUAUCUACUCCAACAAUCCCUGAUAAUUCAUACAAAAACACAAAUGUAUCUGGUGAAAGUAUUACAGAGGGAAUAAGUAACUCUAAUAUGUUUAUAGACAGUGUACCACUUGGUACUGACAAAACAACCAAAUCAGGAAUCAAUAUAAUGUCAAAUAAAAACUUAGAAAACUAUGAUGCUAAUUCCAUGUACCGGUACAAUCUAACAGAUAAUACUACUAAUGAAUUUAAACCUAUGAACAAAAUGAAUUCAUAUGAACUUUAUGAUAUGGUUGAAGACACUUCUGAAGACAACAAAAGAGCACCUCAAAAUGUUAACAGUUCCAACUUAAAUGAAGUCAAAACAGAAAAAAGUAAAUCAAAGCCUGAAAAUAUUGUUCCUGUUCGUUCAGUUUUACUUACGAAAAUUUCUGAUAUAAUCACGACUACAGAAAGAGACUCCUUUAAAGACAAAUCAAUAGACUUUGUCAACUUAAAAGAUUUGUAUGAUGUCCCAGGAUCUAUAAAACAUGAUGAGACUUACUCAAAUAACCGUAAGUUGAUCAAUGAAUUAGGCAGUAAUAAUCAAACAAAAAAUCUAGGUAAAAAUCUAUCUAACUUAGUAGAAAAUACAGCACCUAUCGAGAUUUCAGACAUAAAUUCUGCUCAAGAUAAUUAUGACAAAAAGCAGAAAAUGAAUAGUGAGAGUAAACUUGAAAAUAAAAUACUGCCUCCUCCAUUAAAACAAACAUUAAUUAUUAAACCACUUCAAACCCCUCCAGUUAUAACUUUAAACCGUAACUUAACAUUGUCAAAGAAAAUAAAUGACAUCACCAAUAGAAUAUUAGCACUCAACAGCAAACCCAAACAACCAUUGCCAACUCUAGGAAAAGGUUCUUCCUUGAACACACUUUUAGAAAAACGCCAGGAAAGACUAGAAGCUAUUAAACUAAAACUACAAAAAGCCAGAGAACGAUUGUUAAAUCUAACCAACCCCAAAAUCACACAGGAUUCUUCGUCAAACAAACAGAAGCAGAAAAGAGAAAUAAUCGUAAGUAAAGAUACGUUGAACUCGUUACUAAACGGAGCAAAGGAAAACAAAUCAGAAGCUCAACUACAAAAGAAUAACAUGAUUUCAACAAAGAAACUAAAGCCAUCACUAGACAACUUGUAUUUGAUUCAUCGAUUAAGAAGACAAAUUUUCGAUGGUGAAGAAAUAGGUAGUAGUUCAGUAAUGGAGGAAGAUUGUGACCGAUCAAGAAAUGGAGAAGAAGCAGAGGGUUAUCUCAAGAUACAAUCACCCAAAAAUAUUAUUACACCUUAUUAUUUUCCAGAAAUAAAAAAAUGGCUCAUUCCACUAAGCAACAAAACUGAAAACAUUCUAUUCAAAAGUAAAUUGGUACCUGUAAACUUAUAUGGUAUAGUGUCCGAUGAAUGGGCACAAGAAAAUUUAGGAAAAAGUCCUAACACCGAAACAAAAAGACUACGAAGAGCCUUGCGGUACCCAUGUGUUAAGGAUAAUUUUAAUGAUUUUGAAGCAGAAGAUGAAAGUGCUAAACAUGCUCGUAGUUUUAAAACAACUCCUAAAAAAAUCACACUGGAGAAAAACACAAAUGCUCAAUCUUUGCCUGAUACUGGGAAAGGUUCUAGUUCAAUUUUGUCAGGUAUUCUUUCUACAAGGUCAAGGAGAUCGACCAGUCGAGACAUUGAGAUGAAUGAGAAGGAAAUGAAAGCCUUACUAACAAAUGAAAUUGUUAAAGAAAAACCCUCACAUGAUGAGCCAGAUCAUGAAAAUGUGUUUAGUUCUAUGCUGCACAAAACACUAACUAAAACUGCCUCAAAUAAAACAGGAAUUGAAAGGAUGUUCGAAUUAGCCAAGCAGUAUCAUGAAACUAACCCAACAAGCUUAGAAAUACUUCCUACAAAGAAUAAACAAACAAAGAAGAAGAAAAAUUUGGAAAAAUAUGUUGAUAAAACCAGUGAGGAAAACUCAGCAGUGGAAUUAAUCGAUUAUACCUCAUCUAGCACAUCAAGGUAUUACCAAACAAAUAUUACAGAAACUAUUCCUAUAAACCACUCUGAGAAGGAUUUUUCAGUUAAAAACUCAAGUUUUGUGAAUAGUAAUUCUACAAAGAUCUUUGAUGAAGAUAAGAAAGCACCAGGGGAUGAGUGGUCUGAUUUUAUAAACCAAAUUCAAGAAUUCUAUGAGUCUGUAACUGAUGCAUUUAAAAGAGGGAUUCCGCUGGUAUAAUAUUUUUGCAACAUCUUUCAUGAGAAAGACGCAAAACUGUAACUAAGUUACUGCAGUGUAUUUAUGUUUCAUGGGCAUCUUAGAAAAAAAUGGUGGCCAAUUGUAAGUAAUUUUUCUGUACAUAGGAUUAUGAAAUAAGCUUUUUAUACUUUUAUACUUUUGUACUUCAAUGAUAUAUAUAUAUAUAUCAAUAAUAUGGAAUAAAUAUGCAUAUGUUUAGACUUA